AGCUAGAAAAUGGGAGAGUAAGAAUUCGGAGGCGGGUCUGGCUGGGCUGUUAGCCACGGAGUCACAACAGCCCUGGGGAUAGUGGUUCGACAGCAACAGCAGGAACGGCAUUUUCCAAAUUAAGGAACGUGGUGGGACAUGGAGAAGGAGCGCCUGUGUGACUGUGGGUGUCCUGGGGAUGUGGAACUUCACGCCAGACUCCAUGGAUGUUGGGAUAUGUACCUGUGCGGUCAACCAGCUCCUCAGCUCCCUCCCGGAAGAUGGAGGGGGGAGGAUCCAGACUGCAGUGGACCACAACCCCCUCGAAUCCCCCUUGGCUCCAGGGACAAUGCCGGGGGGAGGGGACAGAUGGGAGGCCACUUCAUCCUCCCCAGGCCAUCUGCUACCCUCCCCAUCCUGGGGACCUGAGAGCAUGGCAAGGCAGGGGCAGGAGUGGAUGGAGCAGAGGGAGCCCCCCCCCCCGCUGCCAUAAUUACCCCCCCCACCCAGACCCCUUCUGAGCCCAAUCUUGCCUCUGACUGACCUGGGGAGAAUCCUUGGAGACAAGGAAUUCAGGGAGAAGAAAAUUCAGAAAACUGAGUUUGUAUCAGAGACCAUUGAAUAUUAGCAAUGAUCCACUCCAAGGAAGGGUCCCCUACUUCUAACGCCUUCGGAUUCUGAAAUUAAGCUUGUCCUGCACUCAAAUCCCAGUUUUCCCUCUGUCUGUCUACCUGUGUGUCCUUGGACUGAGUCACAUUCCACGCUCCUGGGUCUCCACUUUGUUGUCUGAAAAUCAGGUUUUCUUAAGGUUAAGUGAAUAAUGGUGCUUACUCUACGAGGGCCAAGACUGUUUUGUUCCCUGUUGUAUCCCAGGGUUUGGGACAGUGCCUCACACUUAGUAGGUGGUUCGUAAGUGCUGCUGAUUGAACUGAGCACCAACUGAUUGCAGCAAGCGCUACAUGCUUAACACAGGUAUUCAUUGAACUCGAUCUCCGCAGCCCUUGCAGAAUCCUAUGUUGAUUCUUCAAGGGAUGGAUGAAAGAUGUGAAGGGGAACGUCCCAGGUGUCAGAGGUGGGUGACACGCGAAGCGAGAUUCCUUAUCUGGACCAAGUGAUGUCAAAUCUCUUGGUCAGUUUCCUCCUCUGUAAAAUGGGGAUAAUUGGAGUACCUGACUGAGUCGGUUGCUCUGGGGAUCAAACGUAGUAAGGUUUGUGUAGCGCUUACUUAGAACCGGACCUGGCACACAGUAAGUGCUCAAUAAACGUACAUUACCGUGACUGGCGGGGAAGGUGUGGAUGAGCCCAGGGUCCUCAUUGCAGCCUGGGGGAGCCUGGUCCCUCUCCCAGCUGCGGAAAGGGGCGUGGUCACGCCCAGGGGGCGUGGCCCAGGCUUCAAGGACAGGCCAAUGGGGGCGCCGAAGGGCGCGGCCCUGACCGGCAUGGGCGUGGCUUUGAGCGGGUGGGAGGGGCCAGGCCGCUGUGGGAGCCUCCGGGAAGAAGAUGCUCGGGCCAGCAGCCACCGCCAGCCCUGCCGCCGCUGCCGCCCGCACCCGCCGCCCCCCGGGUCCCCACUAGCGGCUGCCUCCGCCUCCUACCUCCGGUCCCGCUCCUCCGGCCCCCCCGCCCCGAGUAGGGUCUGGGGGGCUCGGCCCUCCGGCCAGGGAAGCAAAGAGGGGGGUCCCGACCCCCCAGUGGCGCGGCCGGUCCCUGGCCUCGGUGAUCUUGAGAGAGACCCCACCCCUCAGUUCUCUCUGGGCCCUAUCGGGGACUCCCCCUUGCCCUCCCGUCCGGCUCACACCCGCUCUCCAGGCUCUGUCAGCCCCCCAGAACCAGCUCCCUCCCUUCUUCCCUCUCCGGGGUUCCCCCUCCCCCAUUCCUCCGCCGCCGCCCCCUCCCCCUCCCACAUCCCCUUCCCUCCCCCUCCCCCACCCCCGUCCCCCGCCCCCCCCCCCCGACCAUGAGGAUGAUGGCCGCCGGCGCGGUGCACGGCCUCUUCACGGCCUCCGCGGCCCCGCAGCCGCCGCCGCCCCCGCCGCCGCCGCCGCCGCAACCCCAGCCUCCCCAGCAGCCGUCGCCGCCGCCACAGCAGCCGCCGCCGCCGCCGCCGCAGCCGCCGCAGCAGCAGCAGCCGCCGCCCCAGGCCCCCCCCAUGGAGCCCGAGGCCCCGGAUUCCCGCAAGAGGCCCCUCGAAACGCCCCCCGAGGUGGUCUGCACCAAGCGCAGCAACACGGGAGAGGAAGGCGAAUACUUCCUGAAGGUGCUGAUCCCCAGCUACGCAGCAGGCUCCAUCAUUGGCAAGGGCGGGCAGACCAUCGUACAGCUGCAGAAGGAGACAGGAGCUACCAUCAAGCUCUCUAAGUCCAAAGACUUCUAUCCGGGAACCACAGAGCGAGUAUGCCUGGUACAGGGCACAGCAGAGGCCUUGAAUGCUGUGCACAGCUUUAUUGCUGAGAAGGUCCGAGAAAUCCCACAAGCAAUGACCAAGCCUGAGGUGGUCAACAUCCUUCAACCCCAAACCACGAUGAACCCCGACAGAGCCAAGCAGGCCAAGCUGAUCGUCCCCAACAGCACCGCGGGCCUGAUCAUCGGCAAGGGGGGCGCGACAGUGAAAGCCGUGAUGGAACAGUCGGGUGCCUGGGUGCAGCUGUCCCAGAAGCCAGAGGGCAUCAACCUUCAGGAGCGCGUGGUGACAGUCAGCGGCGAACCGGAGCAGGUGCACAAGGCCGUGAGCGCCAUCGUACAGAAGGUACAGGAAGACCCCCAGAGCAGCAGCUGCCUCAACAUCAGCUACGCCAACGUGGCUGGCCCCGUGGCCAACUCCAACCCCACCGGCUCACCGUACGCCAGCCCCGCUGAUGUGCUGCCCGCCGCCGCCGCCGCCUCGGCCGCCGCCGCCUCCGGCCUGCUGGGCCCCGCGGGGCUGGCGGGCGUGGGCGCCUUUCCGGCCGCCCUGCCCGCCUUCUCAGGCACCGACCUGCUGGCCAUCAGCACGGCGCUAAACACGCUGGCCAGUUACGGCUACAACACCAACUCCCUCGGCCUGGGCCUCAACUCGGCCGCAGCCUCCGGGGUCCUGGCCGCCGUGGCCGCCGGUGCCAACCCCGCCGCCGCCGCCGCGGCCAACCUCCUGGCGUCCUACGCGGGGGAGGCCGGGGCCGGGCCGGCCGGAGGGGCCGCCCCGCCUCCACCCCCGCCCCCCGGAGCCCUGGGGUCCUUCGCCUUGGCCGCAGCCGCCAACGGCUACCUCGGGGCCGGGGCGGGCGGCGGGGCGGGCGGCGGGGGCGGCCCGCUGGUGGCCGCCGCAGCUGCGGCAGGGGCCGCCGGGGGCUUCCUGACGGCCGAGAAGUUGGCGGCCGAGAGUGCCAAGGAGCUGGUGGAGAUUGCGGUGCCUGAGAACCUGGUGGGGGCCAUCCUGGGCAAAGGGGGCAAGACGUUGGUGGAGUACCAGGAGCUGACGGGCGCCCGCAUCCAGAUCUCCAAGAAGGGGGAGUUCCUGCCAGGCACGCGGAACCGGCGGGUCACCAUCACGGGCAGCCCUGCGGCCACGCAAGCCGCUCAAUACCUCAUCAGCCAGCGGGUCACCUACGAGCAGGGAGUGAGGGCCUCAAACCCCCAGAAAGUGGGAUGAGGCCUGUGGUGUCUGCUCCCACCCUCCUUCCUGUCCCUUCUCCUCCUCUUCCUUCUCCUCCCCCUCCCCCACACCCCCAACUCCUGACCUCAGCUCGGUGUAGUCCUGCUCCUCGUGGGAUGGGGCUGGGGUAGGCCUGACUGCACCCCCCCUUCUGGUAGUCAUAGGCAGGAUUGAGUGCUGGCUGGGGAUGGGGCCCAGAAGCUCCCUCCCCAGCCCUGAACUGACCCCUCCUUCCCUCCCUAUGCUUGACUGGGCCUGACCCUCCUCUCCCACGGCCCAGGUCUGUGUGAUAUCUGUAUAUAUUGCAUUUUGUUGAUUUUAAUAGAAAACAAAGCGUUA